AUGACCUGUUGGAAACGACUAAUUUCUAAAUAUGAAGAACGGGAAGAUAGUUCAGAUCGUUCUCGACACAUAUCCGUUGAAACAAAUGAUACAACAACGGAAGAAAGUCUUGAAGUAUUAUCAACAAUAAACAAUUGUAACAGUGUGCCGCUUAUCGUCGUUUCCACAGAUGAGGAACUUCUAUCGUCCGAAGGCAAUCGAACGAAACAGGAAAAAACGAAAACGAAAUUUUCAUUUCCUAUUAACAUGGAUAACAUAAGUUUAAAAGAAAUUUCAUCACCAAAUUCAUGUCCUGGCUCACCGAUAUUACCGAAUACAUCAUCAAAUGCAAGUUCUCUAUUGCCACCUGGUGGUCUUCCACCUAAAAGAAGAACACUGUCUGGACAUCGAGCGAGUUAUAAACGGGCGCAUACUGGUCGACAGUCUGUUGAUCAUACACCAAGGGAAUUAUUUAUUGAAUUACAAGAGUUACGACUGGAUGAAAACAAUGAUUAUCAUUGGCAUGAAUGUGCAAGGUGGAUUCGAUAUGAAGAAGAAUAUGAUAAAGAAUUAGAAAAAUGGCAAGCACCACGUGUCGGAUGUCUAUCAUUUCAUAGUUUACUUGAAUUAAGGCGUGGUCUUCAAUAUGAACAAGAUAUCGAAUGUAUUUAUGAUUCAAUAAUUAAUGAUGCUAUUGAAAAUGGGCAAUUGAACAAAGAUGUUAAAGAUGAAUUACAUAAAGCAUUGAUAGUAGACCAUAAACAUCCAGAAUCUCAUUCGUUUUCAGCAUUUCGUAGACGAUCAUCUGCAAUUGACUUUCCCCAAUCAUCAGCACGACGAUCAAGUUUAGCAUUCAGAAAGAAUGAUAUUAUCCAUUGCGAUGGUCCACGUCGAAUGAGCUCAUUUGAACUGAAACCAAAUGGCGAAUUAAACAAGAAUUUCAAAAGCACGGUUGUGAAAUAUGAUAAUAUUGAUGAAUCCGUUGUGACAAAUGUCCAUAUAAAAAAUUGUAAACUUGAUGAAGAAGAACUUCAUGGCAGUAGUGAAAAGAUUAAUCAAGAGCAACAACAAUCACCUCUACCCAUCCAACAACAUCGACCAUCACAAGCUCAUAUGGGAAGAUUAGAUCGAAAAAAUAGAGAUCAACCAGCUUACAAAUCUGAUCUUAUGAAACGAAUACCAGAAAGUGCUGAAUGUGUUGAAGUGUUAAUUGGAAGUAUGAGGAAUUUAACAAGGCCAAUUAUGGCUUUUGUCCGCUUAUCCAAAGGAUUUAUGAUGGAUGAAAUUACCGAAGUACCAUUACCAGUGAAGUUUAUGUUUCUCUUAAUUGGUCCUGUCGAAGAGUAUAUAGAAAUUGGACGAUCUCUCAGUACAUUGUUUAGUACUCGAGAAUUCCGAGAUACAGCAUAUCGAGCCAUGGAUAGACGAGAUCUUUUAAAUGGAAUCAAUGAUUUUUUAUCCGAUUCGAUCGUACUGCCACCAGGUGAUUUUGAUAAAGAGUUACUAUUGCCUGUUAUUGAAACGGCUAAAUUGAGGAAAAUUCAGGCAAAAAAAUAUUAUACACGAAGUCAUUCACAAAAUGAUGCUGCUGACAAAACGUCUGACCACUCUCACCUGAGCGGUGAUAAAGAAAAACAAGAUGAUGAUCCAUUUAUUCGAAGUGGUUACAUAUUUGGUGGUGUAUGGCGAGAAAUGCGUCGACGAUAUCGACACUAUAAAUCGGAUAUAUUUGACGCAUUUGGAUUACAUUGCAUAGUUAGCUUAGUGUUCAUGCUUAUUGCUUGUCUAGCUCCGGCGCUGACGUUUGGGGGAAUCAUCGCUGAUAAAACAAAUAAUAAAUUGGGUGUGAAUGAAAUGCUAUUGGCAUCAUCUCUGAACGGUUUACUAUUUGGACUAUUCAGUGGUCAACCACUACUGAUUCUAGGACCGACUGGACCAUUUCUAGUGUUCGAAGAAAUGGUUUAUGACCUUUGUAAAUCAUUAAAUUGUGAUUUUUGGACUGUUCGAUGUUGUGUAAGCCUUUGGACAACAUUUUUUAUUAUUGUACUCGUGGCAUUUGAAGGAAGUUUUAUGAUUCGACAUGUUACACGUUUUACUGAGGAAAUAUUUGCUUUUAUUAUUGCUCUUGUCUAUCUGUAUGAACCAUUUAAAAAAUUACACAAAGAGAAUCCCGUAUUGGGAAAAUACGAUAAUUAUCCACUUUAUUGCUCUUGCAAUAAAUCACAAUCAUUUUUGUACAAUAAAACAACUUUGACACUAGAUGUGAUAUCUUCUUCAUUAGACCAAUUAUCCACUACUACGCCAUUAUCAUUUUUUACCACUAAUGUGACAAAUCUAUAUAAUCCGUUAAGAUAUGCUUGUAACGAUUGUUUAUCGCAUGAAUCGUUAAAAGAUUUUACGAAAUUAAAUCAGAAAAAUUUCUACAAUAUUCCACAACUACCAAACAAAGCAUUAUUAUCGCUCAUCAUUUUACUUGGAACAUGUUUCAUCUCUAUGGCACUUAAACGAUUUCGACGAAGCAAAUUUUUUGGAAGGACGGUAAUAAUAUUAUGA